AUGAAAUCUAACGAUUAUUCUCAUGUUUUGGAAGAAAUACCAACUUUCCGUCCAACUACUGAAGAAUUUAAUGAUCCAAUACAAUAUUUAUCAACUCCUAAUGUUUUGAGGAAUGGUAUAAGGUACGGUAUGAUUAAAUUAAUUCCGCCCGACUCUUUUGUUAAACCUGAUAUUAAAAAAAGUAUAGAUAUCAACAAAUUUAAGUUUAAAAUAAGAUUACAGAAACUAUCAGAAUUACAUAUUUUGAAUAGAUGUAGAUUAUUUUUAUCUCAUCAGUUGACAAAUUUUGAAAAAAUGAACAGCCAUGGUGCCUGUACUACUGCUGUAAAGCCUAGUGUUUCGAUAGACGAUCAAGAAGUGUAUCUAUAUGAUCUAUUUAUUGAAAUAAUUAAAUAUUAUGGUAGUGAUAGUCCUAACAAUACUACUAAUACCAAAACUGAUGGGAACUAUAUUAAAGUAGGAAGUGGUGCAAACAAAAACAAGCGAAUGAAAUUAGAAAAUCACGGUGAUUCAAUAGUGGUAAAUAUUCCCAAUCCCAAAAAAUUUAAUCAUUCGUCUGAUUCCUCUGCAAUGUGGAAUCACAUGGUUAAAAAAUUUAAUUUGGACCGGGUACCUGACGGUAAAGUUCAAUUAAAAUCAGUAUUUAAUUCUAAACUAUUAAAGUACUUUCAAUUUCUAUAUGACAAGAAAGACUGUGACUUUAUGAAAAAUAUACAUGAACAUUCUAAUGGAUACUCUGUGCUACAGGAUCAACCGAAAAAAGAUGAAAUACCUGACAAUAUUAAAUGUAGUAUUUGUGAAGGCCAUAUUUCUAUUGGGAAACUAUCUUCUUCUUUUAGGGAAUGUUCUGUUUGCAACAGCAUUUAUCAUUUAAAUUGUGUAGAUCGUACUAAUAGGAUACAACAAAAUAGGAAAAAGAACGUGAGCAAUGGCAAUGAUAGAAGUAAUAACAAAGAUUGGGUUUGUUUAAAUUGUUUGAUAGGUAAUGGACAUUACGGUUUUAAAGAAGAAACCAAAUCUUAUAAAUUAAAUGAAUUUAAAGCUCAACUUUGUUCAAACGAAACCGUUAAAAAUAUCAGCAUCAAAGACUUGGAAAAAGCAUUCUGGAACAACGUAUGUGAUAUUAAUUCUGACUUAAUAGUAUACUAUGGUGCCGAUAUUCACAAUGAAAUUUCGGGCACCAUUUCUGGAUUUGAAUCUGCCACACAACAUCCAAUGAAUUUAUUAAAUUUGCCCAAUGCUAAAGGUUCUCUGCUACCGCUAUUGGGUCGUAAAAUAUCUGGCAUGACAGUUCCCUGGAUAUAUAUAGGUUCCAGGUAUUCUACUUUUUGUUGGCAUCUAGAAGAUCAAUAUACUUUAAGUGCAAAUUACCAAUUUGAAGGUGCUUCCAAAGUAUGGUACAGUAUCCCGCCUGGAAGCAGUGAUUCAUUUGAUAAAUUUAUGCUGAAUCUAUCCCCUGAUUUGUUUUUAAAGCAGCCUGAUUUGUUACAUCAACUAGUCACUUUGGUAUCACCUUAUGAUCCAAAGUUUAUCAAUUCUAAAAUUAAAUGUUUUAAGGCUAUACAGAAUCCAGGUGAAUAUAUCAUCACUUUCCCCAAAUGUUAUCAUGCUGGAUUUAAUUGUGGAUAUAACUUUAAUGAAGCCGUCAAUUUCACAUUGAAUUCUUGGUUGCCUUAUGGUAUAGAAGCUUUGAUUAAAUACAAACUUUCCAAUAAAUCCUGUGUUUUUGAUAUGUGGGAAUUAAUGCUUAAAAUUUUAGACGAAAUGUUUGUUUCAAAAUCAGCUACAGAAAAGGGCAAGGUAAAUAUUGAAGCUGACGAAUUUUUGGCUAGGACAUGUCAUUCUAAUUUGCUAAAUUUUGUUAAUGGACAGGAAAAAAUUUACUAUGAUAUAACACAAUUACUAAAAGAUGAAGGUUUUUACAUGCUUGAUUCAGGACAAAUAUCUAUGGAUCAAGAAAAUGGUAGCCAUGAUGAAGAUGAGUUUGAUGUAUUAUGUGAUCGUUGUAACACCAUAUGCUCUAUAGCUUUUGUUGUUAGAGGAUCAAAAAAACUAAUCAAAACAACUAGUCAAUUAAUAGAAAGGCAAAAAUCAUUUAAACAUUUGAGAGUUUAUUGUUUGGAUGAUUAUAUAAAAAUUAUUCGAGAUACAGAGGAAUUUGCUAAUAUCCAUGGUAACUGUGGGGGAAAUGAUUAUAGUACUGAUAGUAAUGAUUAUGGAUAUAAUAUUGAUCCAACAGAUACAUUGUAUUAUUUAAAGGAAUUCAAGGAUAUUAGGCAAUUGCUUAAAUUGAGUGAACACCAUAUUGAUCGUAUGUGA